AAAUGGUAGAAAAGGAUACAUCUCCCUCGCAUCUGUGGUAGACAAGGCCGACAACUUGGAAGAGCAAGAACCUCGACUCUACAAUCUCCAAGCCCUGACUCUGCCUAGACGGACACCUCAAAAGUUCAUUUAUACGAAAAGCCGCGCUUUUCUUAGACGAAUCCACCCUUUUAUCCUGUCUUACCUCCCUUUAAUACCCCCCCAGAACACUCGCAUAAUGAGUUCCAGCCCUCCCAAGCAACCGCCGCGGUCGACGAACCCGCGGUCCGGCCAGAACGCGUUCCCGCAGCCGCUUCAGGUCGUCCGGCGCAGUCCCACGUCCGCAGGCAACGCAGACGCCGCCGCGCAGGCGGCGGGUGCCGGCAGUGCUGCCGCGGGCAGCCAGUACGCCAACAACUUCAACCGCAACGCCGACGCAAAGUUUAGCACGGGCCGGCGCGAGACGACCACCAGCUCGCGCUACGGCGGCUUCGACCCGGCCGACUACGGCUCCAUCCCGUCGCCGCCGCCGCCGCUGAACCCGAACCCGAACCUCGGCCGCCAGCGGUCCCGCCGCGAGCAGGACGAGGAGGAGUGGGAGCGCGAGCAGCGCCAGCGCAAGAACAGCAAGAACGAGGACGACUUUGACGAGGAGGUGCCGCGCAACGACCUCCCGCGGCCCGGAGCGUCGGCACGGCGACCGGGGCCGCCUCCGCAGCAGGAGAGGGGGAGGCCCGGCGGUCCGCAGAGGACGAGGAGCGGGACGGCGGGCAGCAGCAGCAGCUACAACAACAACCGUAACAGCAACGCCAACGCCAACGCCAACACCAACACCAACAGCACCAACAACGCCGACGAUGAGAGGGACCGGCAGCGCGAGAGGAUACAUAUCAACAUCGAUGGCAACGGCACCAGCUGGACGACCUGGGGCGACGACGGCCAGCAGCGGUCGGGCAACUUCUCCUUCAGCGGCACCGCAUUUGGUGGCUCGCCGUUCGGUGGUGGUGGCGGGCGCAACAACGCGCGUCUGGGACCUGUAAAUCUGCCUGUCAACCUGCCCAUCAACAUCCCUGGCUUUGGAGGCUUUGGGUUUUGAGUAGUUCUGAUGUGCGUUUGCGUGUGCAAGAGGACCAGAGGCGGGAACAGAACGGAACAAGCGUGUAUUAGCAUUCAAGGGUUUAUCACCAUGGCGUCGCGGGGCGGCGAUCGUCCCAGUAGGGAUUCAUUGUAAAAUUUCGGAAUAAUGAUUAGGGUCAGCUUUGCUGAAGAAAUGGAUGCGGUGGGUUGUGAAGCUUGAACAGUGCAUCUCCUUUGCCGAAUUGGG